CAGUUUUUCCCAACUAAUCAUGUAGCAAGUAUCUUAUUAAUUAAACUGUUAGUGUUCUCUUAAUUAUUUGGGCGGUUAUGGUAAAUUAGUGGAAUAUUGGUGUUGGUGUUUGCACGUUUUGACGAAUAAUAAUGGAGAAUAAUAAAAUUAUUGGCAAUUUUCCAGUUAUAAACGAAAGUUUACAAAAUUCCAUUGUAAUGCCACCUCUACUCUUUCAUUCAGAAGAUCUAUUCAAUGGCAGUCAUCAUGAAAAUAGUGGUAAUGUGAAUACAUUUGAGGAGUUUAAAUCCGUUAAUCAUACAAAAGAAGCUACACUUGUUCAAAGCUUCAGUGAAACUGUUUGCCUAAAACAACUAAAAGACAAAUGUUCAGUGAUUAGUGGUGUUGAUAGAAACAGUAGUCCAAUACAGCGUGGAUCCGACAGUUUCAAACGGUUUUCUGUUGAUAAUUUAUUACAUAAUCCAUGUUUCAACAAUGAUAAGGAUAAUGAUGCACAGGUGGAAAAAAGUAAACAAGUGAAUGCUGGAUUGUCAUCGAAUAAAAAAUUGAGAAGGAACCGCACAACAUUCUCUUCCGAUCAACUUUCGGCGUUGGAGCAAAUAUUUGAAAGAACACACUAUCCAGAUGCAUUUCUAAGGGAAGAAAUCGCCAGCAAAGUUGGGCUAAGCGAAGCCCGGGUACAGGUAUGGUUCCAGAACCGUCGUGCAAAAUUUCGACGAAAUGAGCGUAACAUCAACGUCGGUUCACAAUCGCUCUGUGCAAUAUCACCUGCUCUACAUUUUUCUAAAACACCCAAAAUAGUGAGGUCUCCACAUGCCGAGCAGAUAAAUUCAUCAACCACAUUUUCAGUGAACAAACAGGCCAUAUUUUCGACUCCCCAACGAUUCGGAAGUUUUCCGUACAGUGACAUGAUAUCUACGCAUGAAGCAAACACAUGCAAUUUCCACGCAACAAAUUAUUCGUCUACCGCCUUGUCAAAUUAUCAGUUCUCAACAUUCAAAUAUUAAUCCAUUUGGGUAUUGUUUUAUAUUUAUUCAUUAAAUAAUAUUGUCAUUAUUAUUUUAUUGAAACUUAUUUUUCCGGCGUCAUAAUAAACUAUGAAGUAUUGAGA